GACGGUCUUGGUUCUGCUUCCCGGCUUGCCGCUCUGAGCCUCUGCCUCGGAGCCGAGCGCGGCCUGACGAGGAGCCGCCGCUGGCGCCGGCAUCAUGGUGUUCUACUUCACCAGCCACGCUGAUUCAUCUGUUUACACCAUUUAUAUGGGAAAAGAUAAAUAUGAAAAUGAAGAUCUAAUAAAAUAUGGCUGGCCAGAAGAUAUUUGGUUUCACGUGGACAAACUAUCUUCAGCUCAUGUGUAUCUUCGGCUACACAAGGGGGAAAGGAUAGAAGACAUUCCAAAGGAAGUGCUGAUGGACUGUGCACACCUUGUGAAGGCUAAUAGUAUUCAAGGCUGCAAGAUGAACAAUGUUAAUGUGGUAUAUACACCAUGGUCUAACCUGAAGAAAACAGCAGACAUGGAUGUGGGACAGAUAGGAUUUCACAGGCAAAAGGAUGUGAAAAUUGUAACAGUAGAGAAGAAAGUAAAUGAGAUUCUGAACCGAUUAGAAAAGACCAAAAUGGAGCGGUUUCCAGACCUAGCAGCAGAGAAGGAAUGCCGAGACCGAGAGGAAAGGAAUGAGAAGAAAGCCCAGAUCCAAGAAAUGAAGAGGAAAGAGAAAGAAGAAUUGAAGAAGAAGAAGGAAAUGGAUGAACUUAGGAGUUAUUCUUCACUAAUGAAAUCUGAAAAUAUGUCUUCAAAUCAGGAUGGCAAUGAUUCAGAUGAAUUCAUGUGAAAGAAGAAAACGGACUUUGAAUUUUUGGACAGAUACGGACAUUUUGAUUUUCAGAUGUGUUCUGCAUACCAAAAAAACCCACUUAAAACCUACAUGAAUAUCAUUAACUUUGGAGAUUUGAGAAUCUGGUUCGUUUUUUGUUUGUGGAAAAUGAUCCCAUGUAAAACAGUGGAGCUUGGAGACAGCAAAUAUGUAGCUUUAAGAAUGAGGAAAUGUUUGUACCAGAAGAACAUGUCUUGGCUCCUCAUGAGAGUUGGCUCUACUUGCUCUUGGAAUGGGUUUCCAAAAUAACUAACUUGGGGAAGUAUUUGUGUUGCGAUAUUAUUUCUCUGAAAACAGAUGUCAUAGAAGACCCACCUAUUUUGUAAAUUUCACCCCCGUGUGUAUGUUUUGUAUGAUAGAAUAAGACAUUUGGGAAGUGUGUUUUCUCCCAUUCGCUAGUCAGAAAUGGAUAUAUAUGGGGCUUGAAAUUACGGGAAUUUGGGCCUAUGCUUUUUUGAACUAAGGAAGUUAAGAGGGACUUAAUUACUCAUUAUUUGUUCAACUUGUUCAAGGAAACUUUUUUUUCAGUAUUUUACUUUUCCCCUCUAAUUACAUAUAAAGGCAACUUUUAACAUUA